AUGUAUAGAAAAACAAUUUUACUAGUAUUUUCAGUUUUGAUGAUCGCUUCUCUAUGCCAAGCCGAUGACAUUACUGUAGUGGCCGGUGACACUUGUUACGCUAUCUGGACAUCAAAAUGUGGUCAUCCUUGGAGUCAAUCUGAUUUUGACAAGGUAAAUCCAGGAGUUAAUUGUGCUGCUCUCCAAAUUGGUCAAAAAUUAAAAUGUGGUGGCGGCGGUGGUGGUUCUACCUCUGGUGGCGGUGGUGGAUACACUGUUGUAUCUGGUGAUACUUGCUAUGGUGUAUGGACCUCUAAAUGUGGUCACAGUUGGAGUCAAUCUGAUUUCGAUAAAGCCAAUCCAGGUAUUAAUUGUGCUGCUCUUCAAAUCGGUCAACAUCUCAAUUGUUAA